GGAACGUGGCAGUAGAGCACGUGCGCAUCCCAGAAACCGACGGGAGGAAGUCAAAACACACUUGACAACAAUUGAUUGGCAAUGAGGAAAACGGUGAAAGCGGCACGAACAGAUCCGGCCUCUGCGGACGAAGAUAGAGCCGAGCUGCACUCCAUACCCUUCGAGCAGCUCAGGUAGGUGGAGAGAUGACCAUGUGUAUUUCAGCUCGUCGACGAUGGAUGGUUUUGCUGUCCUGUCAGGCGGCUUCAGAAGGAUGGUUUCGUCGCUCACACGCCGCGCACAAGGACACACGCUGCAGAGGCGGCUACGUCUGACGGCCCGCCGACGGGCAAGAAGAUAGGUUCGAAGAAGAGGAAAAAGUGAGCGCACACACUGGGAGGAGAUCUGGUUCGUGUCAUCCAUCGCCGACACGGCUCGUAUGUUUGUCUGGUGUUGCCAUGUCGUGUGUAUUUCAGGCCUCUCGAGGUGUCAUCGAAGACCCCUGUCGCCCCGCCUCCGACGAGCGAAGCGCCGCUGCGAAAGAAGCGGCCGGUAUGCUGACGCUGACGUGACACAUCUUGAGAGUGACAGACACACAGACAUGGUUUGGCGCCUGCCCUGCCUGUCAGGUGGCGCGAGACCCACGGUUCAGCGAUUUGUCGGGCCCGCUCAACAUGGACCGCUUCCGCGCCUCCUACAGCUUCCUGGACGACAUUCGGGAGCGUGAGAAGGAUGUGCUGCAGCAGACCAUCAAGCAGCAGAGUUGGGGGGGCAAGAAGAGGAGGAAGGCGGCGCCCAAGCUGUCCGACAGGGAGGUCCAAGAGGCGCAGAAUGUGCUCAAGAGCAUGGUAAGCAGAGCCCGAUGCGCCACCCACUCUCUGUCUGACUGCGGUCGGUCGUGGUGUUCUUGGGUCACACACAUGAGCAGAGGCAGCAGGAUUCUCUUCGUCAGCGGAGGGGCGAGCUGAUAGACAUGAAGAGGGAGCUCAAGCAGCAGGAGAAGAAAAACAUCGUCGAAACCGGCAAGAAGCCCUUCUUCUACAGUGAAGGUCAGUCCAGCCGAGCAAUCACUCCACCGUCCAUCUGGCUGUUGUGCUGUGCUGUGCCGCAUCCAUCCAUCCAUCCAUCCAUCCAUCGAUGCAGGCAAGGUGAAGCAGCUGCUCAUGAAGAAGAAAUACGAGGAGCUCAAGAAACAGGUGGGUGGGUGGAUGCAGACAUGCAGAUCAGAUGCACAGACAGACCAGCGACUGAGUCGGUUCCAUCCAUUUCUUUGCCUCCCGUCCAUCCAUCCCCUCCUCAGGGGAAGGUUGACGCGUUUGUCAAGAAGAAGAGGAAACGCCAGGCAGCAAAGGUCAGUCAGCCACGCCAGCAGGCUGGCAGCCCUUGCGCCUUGUGGCAUGGUUCUAUCCUUUUCCUUUGUUUGUCUGUGCAGGACCGCAAGUUGCUGCCGAACCAGAGGCCGAGAGAGGCUUCUCUCGAUGAUGCAUGAUGCAGGAAGCGAUGACGGUGACGUAUGCACGCGUGAAAAGACCGUCGGCUCGUUACCAAACCCGAACCCUGCACCUGAAACGCUUU